CAUCACAUGAUUGUUCUCUUGUGACAAUCUAGAGAGGAAAGGGCUUGAGUUCGUCUGAGUUACAACGUGCUUAGGCGACGCAGGAAUGUUUUGCUGGUGCUCAAGUGCCAACUAUUAAGAGAAGGGACAUGUAAUUAAGUUAAUUUAAGAGAAUUCCUGCUGCGUAGUGAACGUUGUGUUGUUUAUUUUUGGUAUUUACGCGUCGCGACGGAGGAAAGUUGGCGCAUGGAGAGGAACGAACUUUCAUUUUUGGCGCAGCGUCUGGUCUUUAUUUCGUUUUGUACGUCGCUAUUGUUUCUAUACCAGCGUCGUGUUGUUUUGUUGACGACAAACUGUGAGUAUCGUUGAGCGCACCUGGAGGGUCAUUCCUUUGAAGUUGAACAAGCAGAGCGGACAACUUGAGGACGUGUUACGUCGGCUGACAUGAUGGACAACAAACCCCUGAUUCAGGACAGACCUCCCGCCUACAACACUGUUCCCGGGGCUUACGAGUAUGGCCCGCAGCAGCACAGCUACGGGGCUAUCCCACCGCCAGUCCCGCCGCCCUACCAGUACCCAGACGGCGGCCAAGGGUACCCCCCGGCCCAAAUGGGUACGGCUGUAUCCCAGCAGCCCUACGCCGGGACCUACACAGUCAUCCAGCCCUCUGUGGUGGUGGUAGGAGGCUGUCCCGCCUGCAGAGUUGGCGUUUUAGAGGAUGACUUCACUUGCCUGGGAAUCCUCUGCGCCAUCUUCUUCUUUCCACUGGGCAUCCUAUUCUGUUUCGCCCUGCGUCAGAGACGCUGUCCCAACUGCGGCGCCACCUUCGGAUAGAACCAUAAAACACACCUUAAUGCACAAAGAAUCCAGUAUACAUAUACCGUUUUUUUUUGUUAUCUUACCUGCUUGCUUCGUGUCACAUGCAGAAAUACACAUUUAUACAUUCAGAAGAUAUUUUAGAGACAGUAUUUUCUGUCAAAACCUGUCAAUCAUGAGCUCUUCUGAUCAGAACCAGGAGUAGUGGCACUUUUUGGAACCACGUGAGGCUCGUGUGCAUCAGUGCUGCUGAUGAUCUCGGAUGGACAGCAAGGAAAUAAGGAUGUAGACAAACAACGGAUGCCUGCUUGCAGCUUUUUUUCUCCAUGUAUUAUUCCCGGGGGGCCAUAUUUGCACUGAUUCUUGUUGAUUCUACUCAAUUUUUUUUUUUUUUAACAAUUUUUGCUUCUCCAGGGCCAAAACGCAGCAGACCUCAGGUACUUUAAUCUCCAUCACUGUUUGACAUCUCUCAAGUGGACUCUUGAUGAUUAGAGCGGAGAAAUUAAAACAGAGAAAAAAAAUGGCUGGAUUUGUCUUAGCGGCCCUGACCCAUUCCUGUUGCUAUUAUUAAUAACCAAGACAAUCAAAACAUGUCUUUAUCGUCUUCCAUCCCUGCAAAGAUGUCCUAGAAAUAACAGAGAAGAACAUUUUGCUUUAGGAAACACUUUUUACGCACACAUGCACGAUCUCAUGAUUGAGCUUCUUACUUUUUAUAUACAGUAUACUAGUUUCUGUAUUAAAACAAGUGAUGCUACUAAA